CUCCUCGCAUACAUUCCCAUGUAUAUAUAAAUACAUAUGCUUGGCUUUUCCUUUUGCUUCACUUUUACUCAUAUCCAAAAAUUCUCUCUCUCUCUCUCUCUCUGAUCUCAACAAACAAUCUCCUAUACAUAUAAACACUCCAUCACACUCGUUACAAUCAGCUUUCUCAGAUUCACCUCUUAUGGAUCAUUUGCUACAGCAUCAGGAUGUUUUUGGGAACUAUAACAAAGCAAGAGAAGCCAUGGGAGUAUCAUCAUAUCCAUCGAACCCGACACAACUAGAUCAGGAUCAGAAAAAACGUUCUCAUCAGGCGACUGAGGCGGCAGCCACAAGGCCACAGCCACCGGAGCUAGCUCUGAGAUGUCCACGCUGUGACUCAACAAACACAAAGUUUUGUUACUACAACAACUACAGCCUCACUCAGCCUCGCUACUUCUGCAAAUCAUGCCGGAGAUAUUGGACCAAAGGCGGAACCCUAAGGAAUAUCCCCGUUGGCGGAGGCUGCCGCAAAAACAAACGGUCCACAUCUUCGGCUACAAGAAGCCUCAGAACCACCCCAGAACCGGCGUCCUACGACGAGAAAGCAUUCUCUGCGGCGAGUUUCGGUGGGUAUAGUACCAAUGAACAGAACGAUCUCAGCUUAGCCUUUGCCUUGCUGAACAAACAACCUCCGGGAAGCUCUGCACAGCUAGGGUUUCCUUCGGAAUUCAGCAGCUCUCAUCAGUCUGACAUGGAGAGUAGUGUGUUUGGGACAAGCCAACAAAAAGGGAACGCUAGUUAUGCGUUUGGAAACGGGAGCAGCGGUUUGGAUAUUGGGAUGGGUACUGAUCCAAGCAAGGUCUUGUGGGGAUUCCCGUGGCAGCUGAGUGGAGAGAGCUUUGGAAUGAUGAACAUAGGAGCAGGUGGUGGUGGUCAUGUAGAUCAGAUUGACUCAGGGAGAGAGAUUUGGACUAAUAUGAACUAUAUUAAUUCUGGUGCUUUAAUGUAGUUCAACUUAAAACCCCAAUUUUAUUUGGGUUUUGAUUUAGGGUUUGAAUUUCAUGUUUUUUAUUGGGAGAAAAAGGGGGGUACGUAGCUGUAUUAUGAAAUGUUUAAGGGAAGUAUAGAAAGAUAUAUAUUAAUUAGGGCUUCUUCAAGAGUUUUAAACUUGCCAAAUGGGGUUAAUUGGGGUAGUUUUUUGUUUUUGUAUUUCAAUUUCUGUUUAAAAUUGUCGAGUUUCUUUAUUUGUAUGUUCACUUCACUAUCUUCUGAAUGAAACAUUUCCUUUGUU